AUGGCCAUAUCUCGACGUUUCUCCGGCUUCUUGGCCAUUUCUGCGGCAACACUCUUCCUGGUGGGCUUCUUCCUCUUCGGCAGUAACAGGAACAGGCAAUUCUCCUACAAGUCUUUGCUGUUCUCAGAAACUAUUGUCAGUGACGAUACCAAUUCUUCGGACACCUCCUUCGCUACCAAUGACGGCGGUGCUGUCAAGUCUCCUCUCAGCGAUGUCUCCCAGAAGCCUCUAAGUAUUGCCAUCGUGGAGACCACAGGAUAUCACGAUGAAGUCGUUGCAGCGUUCGUACACUCCUUUGGCUCCCAGAAGAGAUCGAAUCUGAGCCUCUUUCAACAAAACCAACGCUAUGGCAUUGAGAAGAUCAUGAAGGACUUCAAACUUCCCAAACCGGUCCCAGCAGCCCAACCGCCUGACAUGCUGCUCGCCGACGACGCCACCAAAUUAGAUAUCUUGGUCCUCACAACAUGCGAGUAUGAUCGCAUCAAGAUCGCAUCUCAACUCGAGAUUUUACUCAAGGAAGGCAAGACACAACUACUCUGCGUCGUCCAUCACGCCGACCAUUGGGCGAAUGAGGACCACCAAAAUUUCAUGGCCCCUUGGAUUGAUAAGGGACUGGUGGAUUUCAUCACGCUUUCCCAGCACACAGCGACAUUCCUCCAGGAGACCGGCAUGAGGACGUGGAAGACCAAACCUCCGAUCAGACCCUUUGCUCCAGUCUUCCCAGUCAACCUCCCCAAACUACCCACAGCCGUCGACGCAGACAAAGGGGAGCUUGGGUUUGGACUCCAAGGCCUAUAUGAAUCCACAAGACGGAAUUACGAAACGAUCUUUGCUCACCUCCAAAAAUUCAUAGACUCGAGAUCAUCGGAAAGAGUCGGAACCAUGAACUCGAACGUCACCCUUCAUCUGCUAGGCCAGGGGAUUCACCCUGAAGUCCCAAGCGGUCUGAUCUCGCACGUCAGCUUCGACGAGUCGCUCGAUUAUGACGAGUACUACUCCAUUCUCUCCCGCACCUUCGCGCUCCUACCCGCCUUCGCCAAUGACCAAUACCUCGAUCGCAAGGCUUCCAGCACCGUACCUGCUGGGCUGAUUGGGGGCACACCAUUGGUUGCGACCAAGGAGAUAGUGGCGGCGUAUAGCUAUCUGCCGGAGGACGCGGUAUACCUACAAGAUAAGGAUGAGACUGAGUUUGAUGUUAUAGGAAGGGUGCUGAAGGACGCCGCAAAGCAUCGGAUCAAGAAGAUGCAAAUGGUCAGGAAUAAGUGUGCAGAGCUCGUCAAGGGCAACUCUGGACUGGUUGAAGGGUGGAUCAAAGAGAUUCUACAGAAAGAGCAUGUUGGACGGUAA